GUAAUAGCCGGCUUCACUUCUAACUCUCACGGCGUCAGCACGGAGCUCGCUUUCCCAGCGAAGACCAUGGACAGUAUUCCUAGUAUUGAACAGGAACUAUUCGAACUUCAUAUCGGCAUUACGACUGCUGCUAACCAUUUCCAUCGCUGCAUUACUCAAUGCGAAACAUUUUCCCCGCUUAUUUUGUCAACCUAUCUUCCCGCUAUCUCGUUCAGGAGACUAGGAUUGCCUUCAAUGACCAAUUUUGACGCACUUCGGGUGCAUACACCUUCCGAGCCUGCCAAGGCCGGAGCCAUUGAAAGAACUAGCGCAAAUACAGGAAGACCUGUGAUCUUGCCUUCAGAGAUAUACGACUUGAUUUUUCACUACCUGGAUCGAUCCGAACUUGCAGCAGUAGCUUUUGGAAGCAAAUCCUUUCAUUGUAUCGCAACUCGCGUCUUGUACCCCACCAUCACCCUCAAAAAGCCCAUCGAAUCAAUCUGUUGUCUCCGCACCAUCGCAAGUAACAAAUCCUUGGCGUCUUUAGUACGUUCAUUCAAAGUAGACUGGGCCGAUCUUAAAUCCCCCACGUCGAACUUUUACGCCCUCGCACAAAGGGCUCUGCGUAACCUCACCAACCUCAACGCUCUAACCCUUGAGCUUCCCCGCAGACCUCCGUGGAUCAUCGACGAUUGCACCUUCCGUCUGAAGGAGUUUUCCUCGUCGUAUUCAUGGCAACCCAAACUUGCGCACUUCAUCGAGUCCCAGCCGACGCUGACGGCUGUGACACUCCACGGUCUCGAUGGUCUUUCUCUUGCCGCAUUCGAAGGCGGCAUGUUCAGACCGCAGUUAGCUAUUGGUUUUAACCAACUGGACGCAACGGCGGUCCCAAACCUCACGUCGUUACGUGCCAUUCACGCGACCCCCGAGCUGCUGUCGUUGUUUCUCCGUGGGCGGCCUGUGAGGACGUGUUCGGUGCCUGUCUAUCCAGACUCGGUUCUUGAGACGUUGGAUGCGCUCAUGACAACGUCGGUGGCGAUAGAGAAGCUGAGCUUGAUGAGUUUUGAUGCCGAAUCACCUGGGUAUCUAUUCGUGGAGGUAGCCAAGCGGUUCCCACAGUUGAAGGCACUACAUGUCCUCCUUUUGAGGGGAGAUUAUUCGGAGGAAAUUCUAGAUGGGAUAUCACCAGUUUUGAGAGCAUUCAAGCAACUAGAGUAUUUGACAUUCAUGGCACAGGUCCCAUUGAGUGGAUCUGCCAAGUACGAGCACAAGAUCGCUACUCAAUGGCAUCUGCACUGCCCAUCCCUGAAGACGAUCAUUUUGCCAGAAGGGAAGAUGUGGUUUAAGACCUCGUAGCGGUAGUGAAACACGCUGAGUACUCGAUACGGACGUAUAAAUGGGCUUCGUUUACAUGCUUUAUGUGCCGAACAGCAAGAGUAAUGUGACGAUUUCCUGUCCGAGUAUACCGACACCUGCUUCGAAUCACCAGAACUAUGGUAUUCAGUCGCGUCUGUCAGUUCUCCUGAAUCACUGGAACCUCGGGUACCUUCGAUCCUACUAUUACUGACUC